AUGUCUUCGUCUAUUGCCCUGAAGUACGCCGAGGAAGUCAAAAAGCGCCUUGACCCUAAUGUGUCUCGAGAGUAUGUCAACCUUUCCUCUAAGGUCUUUCCGCGCCUGGUCGCGGAUCCCUUUAUCGACCACGAAGCAUUGGCGGAGGAAGAGCCCGCCCUGCAUGACCAGGACCAUAUCAAGUUCCUCAUCAUUGGCGGCGGCCACAACGGACUGCUUUAUGCAUACCGCUUGAUCGAGGCUGGUUUUAAGUCCGAUGAGAUUCGCAUCGUCGACACGGCCGGCGGAUUUGGGGGAACUUGGUACUGGAAUCGGUAUCCCGGCAUUAUGUGUGACGUCGAGAGCUACGUCUACAUUCCGCUGCUGGAGGAAACCGGUUAUAUGCCGAAGCUGAAGUAUUCCCACGGGUCGGAAAUCCGCGGUCAGUCGGAACGAAUUGCGGCGAAGUGGAACCUGCGCGGCCUCUUCAGCACGAAAGUCGACGGCCUGAAGUGGGACGAAGAGACUGGCGAGUGGGAUGUCGAGAUGACCCACAACAAAGGGCUCGAGCACGGAGACGAAAAGCUAACUGUUCGAGCUCAAUUUGUUUUCUCUGCCGGAGGAGUCUUCUACACGCCCCACAUACCAAAGUUGCCCGGAUUUGACCAGUUCAUGAGCCGGAAACAAGUCUUUCAUACGUCUCGGUGGGAUUAUGAUGUCACUGGCGGCUCGCAAGAUGAUCCCUCGUUGGUCAAGCUUAAGGACAAAGUAGUGGGAAUCAUUGGAACUGGCGCGACUGCUGUGCAGGUGAUCCCGCACCUCGCGCGCUGGGCGAAGCAUCUAUACGUCUUUCAGCGAACCGCGUCUUACUGCAGUCCCCGGAAACAAAAGGAAACCACCGAGGAAACGUGGCUCCAAGUCGCAAACGGGAGAGGUUGGCAGUACAAACGACAACAAAAUUUCAACAGCUUCGUAUCCGACGAGCCGGCUCCCGUGGAUUUGGUAAAUGAUGGCUGGACCGACCAUCGCGCAUUCUGUGGUCUUGUGGGAGGUACCAACUUGAUCACGCCUGAUACUGUCGAGGAUCACGUGGCACGGAUGUUCAAAAUGGACGAGGAGCGUGCCAACCGCGCGCGAGCCCGGAUCGACGAGGAAGUAAAGGACUCGGACACGGCUCAAGCAUUGAAGCCUUGGUAUGGUGGAUGGUGCAAGCGUCCCACAUUUCACGACGACUUUCUCGGAACGUUUAACCUUCCCAACGUCACCCUAGUUGACACUGACGGCAAAGGCGUGCACCAUUUUACGGAUUCUGGGGUAUUCGUGAAUGGCGCAGAUAUACCACUCGACAUCAUGGUCAUGGCCACCGGAUUCGCCACCGGAACGAAAAAUACAGGUUUGGGCUCCCCUGCGGAGCGCCUUGGCGCUCGAGUCAUCGGCCGUGGUGAUGCAUCUCUUGACGAGAAAUGGGCCGGGUCGGAGCACGCGACUUUUUAUUCGUUAAGCUACCAUGGAUUUCCCAAUUUCUUCUCUUACGGUGGCCCGGGUGGUCCAAGUUCCCCAAAUCUCACCUCAGCCUUCGACAUAGUUGCGAAAUUGGCAGCGCAUAUCAUCGCAAAGGGAUGCCGUGAUACUCCUUCGUCUUCUAAACUCGUGCUCGAGGCCACUCGGGAGGCAGAGAAAGAGUACACCGCAGAAUCCAAAGGUCGAGCACUAUGGUUUGCCCCGCUGGAUUUCUGCACUCCAGGGUACUUUACCGGAAAUGCGCCGGGCAAAGCGGCUUCGGAUGAGGAACAGCGUCGAAAAGCUGGAUACGCAGCUUGGGGAGGUGGAGUGCUGGAUUUCCAGCGAGAGGUGGACAAGUACAUAAAGAAGGGGGUUCUAGAAGGCAUUGACGUAAGAACUUGA